AAUGAUUCCAACAAGAAAACCUGAGAUAUUAUCUACUGAGACAAUUAAACCAUACUGUACAAAACAAAAUCAGCAUCCAACAAUUCACAACCUUUCCUUCUUUGAUCAAAUCAGUUCUCACAUCUAUCUACCAUUUGUUUUCUUCUACACCAAACAUGUCUCUAACACCAAAUCCACUCUUCUUCUCAAAGAAUCAUUAUCCGCAGCCUUGUCGCGCUAUUACCCACUAGCAGGAAGAAUAAGAGACGAUUUCUCAGUAGACUGUAAUGAUGAAGGAGUCGAUUUUCUUGAAGCUCGAAUCGACUGCAAAUUGUCUGAAAUACUCAAGAAUCCUGAAGAUGAAACUCUAAAGAUCUUGCUUCCUGAUGAUUUACAGUAUAAAGAUCCAACCUUAUCUAGUCUCUUGAUUGUUCAGGUCACCUUGUUUGAGUGUGGAGGAAUGGCUUUAGCUAUUUGUAUAUCUCACAAGGUCAUGGAUAUUGCGAGUAUGUGUUAUUUUAUUAACAACUGGGCUGCCAUAGCUAAGAACCCAGAUGAAAAAAUGGGUCCUGAGUUCAAUUUAGGUUAUUUAUAUCUACCUAUUGACCUACCAGUGAUGGAGGUCUAUGAACCAGAGAAAGUGAAAUGUGUUUCUAAGCGAAUCGUUUUUUAUGGUUCAAAAAUAGACAAACUCAAGGCUACUGCGGCUAAAGAAGUUAAAAAUCCAACAAGAGUUGAAGUAGUCACUGCAAUUCUACAUAAAACCGCCAUAUCUGCAGCUAGAGCAAGAUCAGGCUCGUUAAAGUCUACUGUUAUGCAUAAUGCAGCAAAUCUGCGUACUAGGUUAUUUCCACCAUUGCCAGAAUCCACUGCCGGAAAUAUAAGCGGGACAUUUCCGGUCUCGACCACAGAGGAGAGUGACAUAGAAGUAGCUCUUUUGGCUAACAAGAUAAAUAAAGAAAAGAGUAAAUAUUUUAGUUCCUGUGGGAAAGAAAAUAUUAGUGCAGAAGAAUUAUGCUCAUUGGUCUUGGAGGCAUCAACAGGAUUGAGAUUAUCUCACGGUAGUAAUCAAGAUGUGUACUUGUGCAGUAGCUAUUGCAGGUUCCCUUUCUAUGGAGCAGAUUUUGGAUGGGGAAAGCCAGUGUGGGUAACUGUUGCUAACUGUGAGGUGAAGAAUGUUAUUGUUUUGAUGGAUACAAGAGGAGGAGAUGGAAUUGAAGCAUAUGUGACUUUGGAAGAACAUGAAAUGGGUUUGUUCGAGUCUAAUGAGGAGCUUCUUGCAUUUGCCACUAUCAAUCCUAGUCCUUUAGUUGAAACUAAUAUUGAGGAUGAUAUGUAGAUUCCAAUUUGAAUUGCAGAAAUAAUAUGAGUUUCUAAUAA